CGACUGAGUGGGUUGGGACAGGUCAAAGGGUGGGCGCAAAGACACCCUUUGGAGGGGGUGCCGUUUCCUCCAAAUACAGACACCUUCCCCUCCCUUAGUCGCUGGUCCCUGCCUCCUCCCUGUGUGUUGGUCCCGCGCCCCGCCUUCCCCCGAGUCCCCGGGUCCGCCCUGCCUGCGCCCCACGUGAGGGGCGGGGGCGGGCGCCAGCGCCUUCCUGCUCUGCCCUUGUAUGGUGCCCCGUAGGCCGGCCCACGGGUACUUAACACAGGCUGCUGCAGAGGGUGCCUGGAGCUGAGAGGAAGAGGCACGGGUGGUCAUGGGGCUGGAGGCUGCGCGCGAGCUUGAGUGCACGGCGCUGGGCGCACUGCUUCGACAGCCGCGGGAGGCGGAGCGCACGCUGCUGCUGGACUGCCGGCCCUUCCUGGCCUUCUGCCGGCGCCACGUGCGCGCCGCGCGACCCGUGCCUUGGAAUGCGCUGCUGCGGCGCCGCGCCCGCGGCCCUCCUGCAGUUGCCCUCUCCUGCCUGCUGCCCGACCGCGCGCUGAGGGCGCGCCUGGACCGCGGGGAGCUGGCGCGGGCAGUGGUGCUGGACGAGGGCAGUCCCUCGGUGGCGGAACUCCGGCCCGACGGCCCGGCCCACGUGCUGCUAACCGCGCUGCUGCAUGAGACCCGCGCGGGGCCCACUGCCGUGUGCUUCCUGCGAGGAGGCUUCGACGGCUUCCAGGCCUGCUGUCCGGAUCUGUGUUCAGAGGCCCCCGCUCCUGCGCAGACGCCAGUAGGGGACGAAACCAGCCGCUCAAACCCCAGGGCUCCCUUCUACGACCAAGGUGGCCCUGUGGAGAUCUUGCCUUACCUAUUCCUGGGCAGCUGCAACCACUCAUCAGACCUGCAGGGGCUGCAGGCCUGUGGCAUCACAGCCGUCCUCAACGUGUCCGCCAGCUGCCCCAACCACUUUGAGGGCCUUUUCCGCUACAAGAGUAUCCCUGUGGAGGACAACCACAUGGUGGAGAUCAGCGCCUGGUUCCAGGAGGCCAUAGGUUUCAUUGACUGGGUGAAGAACAGUGGAGGCCGGGUGCUGGUGCACUGCCAGGCGGGCAUCUCACGCUCUGCCACCAUCUGCCUGGCAUACCUCAUGCAAAGUCGCCGUGUGCGGCUAGACGAGGCCUUUGACUUCGUUAAGCAGCGCCGGGGGGUCAUCUCCCCCAACUUUAGUUUCAUGGGGCAGCUGCUGCAGUUUGAGACCCAGGUGCUGUGUCACUGAGGUGGCACCCCUCUGCCUGCCUGCCUUGCUGCUCUGGCUCUCCCUGGUUCCUGGGGGAGCUGACUGUGGACUGGUGGGCUCCCCUCUGCCUGCCUUGCUGCUCUGGCUCUCCCUGGUUCCUGGGGGAGCUGGCUGUGGACUGGUGGGCUCCCCUCUGCCUGCCUUGCUCUGGCUCUCCCUGGUUCCUGGGGGAGCUGGCUGUGGACUGGUGGGCUCCCCUCUGCCUGCCUUGCUCUGGCUCUCCCUGGUUCCUGGGGGAGCUGGCUGUGGACUGGUGGGCUCCCCUCUGCCUGCCUGCCUUGCUGCUCUGGCUCUCCCUGGUUCCUGGGGGAGCUGGCUGUGGACUGGUGGGCUCCCCUCUGCCUGCCUUGCUCUGGCUCUCCCUGGUUCCUGGGGGAGCUGGCUGUGGACUGGUGGGCUCCCCUCUGCCUGCCUUGCUCUGGCUCUCCCUGGUUCCUGGGGGAGCUGACUGUGGACUGGUGGGCUCCCCUCUGCCUGCCUUGCUCUGGCUCUCCCUGGUUCCUGGGGGAGCUGGCUGUGGACUGGUGGGCACCCCUCUGCCUGCCUGCCUUGCUCUGGCUCUCCCUGGUUCCUGGGGGAGCUGACUGUGGACUGGUGGGCUCCCCUCUGAGCCAGCACAGACCCCUCACCUCUGGGAAGGCUGCUGCCUCCUCAGAGUUUGAGGAGCCCCCACAGGGGGGGCUCUAGGAAUGCCGGCGUGAUGGCCUUUCCAACCUGGUGCUCUUCUGCUGGGGGAAUGAGGCUGGUCCUCAUUCAGGGGUGGGGAACUGAGGUUGUGUCUGCUCUCUCCCACCCCAUCUUCUGGCAGAAAACAACUGGACUCUAUACUGUGGACUCUCCCUAGUCCACCACCAUGCUGAAGCCCUUGGCAGCCUGAGAGCUCCAAGGAACAAGCUGUGACAACCAGGAGCCCUGUCUGGGGUGUGGUCCCCCCGGGGCCUGGAGCCUAAGCCCUGUGUUCCUGGGGGAGCUGGGGACUUGGGAAGUGAUGAGUGUGUCAUGUUGCAUGUGUCCUCUGUGAGGCUUCCACACCUGUGCUGGUGCUGGAAAGUUAUUUGUGCUCUGCUGACAUUUAACACUCCCUCCCCCCCGCUUCCUCCUAGCUCUGUGGGUAGGGGUUGGAAACUUAGCACUUUAUAUUUAUACAGAACAUUGAGGAUGUGUCAAUAAAAUAUUGUUUUGUUUAAAAAA